CACGAGCAGACUGUGAAGGAACACAGUGCUCUGAACAGACCGCCUCCUGUAACUGCACCUCAGUGUGGGAUCUGCUGUCGACCUUUCAAGCUACACACAUGAACGCAGAGAGCCUGUCGGCGCGUCCCUUCGCUUUGUGCAACCAGGAGGACGGUCCGUGGAGUUUACCAGCACGGCACCUCCUGCUCUAAGUCUGGGGCUGGUGGGGGAAAUCAGGCUCUUCUUUGCAGGGGGGGAAAUUUUCUGUUUCUUUUUUCUUUUUUGACCAAACUUCUCGGAGAAGCCGCUGAAGGAGGGAGGAGGCGCUUUGUUUCUUCGCUGUCUUCUGAGAAAGUGUGAAACAAGUGUGAAGACAGGGAGCAACAGAUGUUUUUGGUGAACAUGCAGCCGGCGGAGGAAUGAAAGUGGCAGCGAGGCGCCGGGGGCCCUUCCAGCGGUUCUGCUGCUGUGGAGUCGGGCUGGUCGCUGUCAUUUGGCUCGCUCAGGUCAUCCAGGAUCCAGAGACAAAGUCCUCUGGGCUUCAGCCAGGCGUGAACGGUGGGCUGCUGCGAUGGACACGCGGGUUGAUGCAGGAGAAGCCAGACAACCAGAGCCUGGAUGAGCCCCGAGCAGCCAUCCAUGAGUUUCCAGAGGACAUCUUUACCAAGGAGCAGAGGAAGAAUGGGGCAGUGCUUCUGCAUGCGCUCUGCGCGAUCUACAUGUUCUACGCUCUGGCUAUCGUUUGUGACGACUACUUCGUUCCUUCUCUGGAAAAAAUAUCAGAGAACCUGCAGCUCAGUGAGGAUGUGGCGGGGGCAACGUUUAUGGCUGCUGGAAGCUCUGCCCCCGAGCUUUUCACCUCUCUCAUUGGUGUUUUCAUCACCAAAGGUGACGUUGGGGUCGGCACAAUUGUGGGUUCAGCUGUCUUCAACAUCCUGGUCAUUAUUGGGUUGAGUGGGAUCUUUGCAGGCCAGACGGUGGUUCUGACAUGGUGGUCUCUUUUUAGAGAUUCCUCUUACUACAUCUUGUCUGUACUGGCACUCAUUAUGGUUAUCUAUGAUGACAGAGUUUUCUGGUGGGAGUCAUUGGGCCUUAUGACCAUGUAUGGGAUCUACAUUAUAAUCAUGAAGUUCAACACCCAGAUUUCAGUGUUUGUGAUGCGCCGGUUAAGAAGCAGCAAACCGUGCUGCCGCACAUCAGAGGGGAGCCCUGACAACAAGGCGGAAGAAGAGGCCUCAGCUUGCAACACCUCCAUUGUUCUUCUUAAUAAAGGCCAAGGCCAUGGUCAAGAGUCUCAACCCGUCAUCAUGGUGGAUGAGCUGCUCACACUCAAUCCCCACAAGCUGUCCUUCUCAGAGGCUGGUCUGCGUAUCAUGAUCACCCCUCACUUCUCCCCUCGCACCAGGCUCUCCAUGGCAGGACGUAUGCUCAUCAGUGAGAGGCAGAGACUGAUCAGGAGUUCCAAAUACCAGCGAGACGGUGAGGCCGCCACAGGGUCGAGGAAGGGGUCGCCCAGCAACAACCUGAAGAGGACGGCCUCCUGCAGUCUGGAAAAUGGAGGCGGGAGACCAGGGAUAAGUAACGCAGAGUCAGGUGACAAGCCAGGGGCUGUGGGGUGCCGGCCAGAGGAGGAAGAUGAUGAUGAUGAUGGCAUUUUUAAUCCUAUUCGCAUGCCGGGCAGCUGCUGUGCACGGGUGAAGUGGCUGAUCGCCUGGCCUCUGGGCCUCCUGCUCUACUGUACUGUGCCUAACUGUAUUCUGCCACGCUGGCACCGCUGGUUCAUGGCCACCUUCGUGGCCUCCACCCUGUGGAUCGCUGUCUUCUCCUACCUCAUGGUGUGGAUGGUCACCAUCAUCAGCUUUACACUAGACAUCCCAGACUACAUCAUGGGUAUCACCUUCCUGGCAGCAGGAACCAGCGUACCAGACUGCAUGGCAAGCCUGAUUGUAGCUCGACAAGGCAUGGGGGACAUGGCAGUGUCCAACUCCAUAGGCAGCAAUAUCUUUGACAUCUUGCUGGGUUUGGGCUUCCCAUGGGCUUUGCGUACCCUUUUGGUGGAACAUGGAUCUAUUGUGUCCAUAAAUAAUAAAGGUCUUGUAUAUUCUGUCAUCCUGCUGCUAGCAUCAGUGUUUCUGACUGUUAUGAGUGUACAUCUAAACCACUGGAGGCUGGACCGCCGGCUGGGUCUGGGUCUGAUGUUUCUCUAUGCUAUCUUCCUUCUCUGCUCCAUCCUUUUCGGACAGAUGUAAGACCCAACGGUCAACGUGUUCCCCUUGUUAGUUUUGUCCAAUAGGUUCCCUUUUUCCCCCACAUGUACACAUGUCUGAAGCCAAAAAACAAAAAAAAAACAGUGAAAGUGGUGUGGUUUUCCGUGUGACAAUUUCUGUGCACCUGUAGGAAUCACAAUGGUAAUAUUGUACAACUACACAAAUAGACAAGUUUUGUUCUGUUUUCUUGGUCAUUUUGUACAGUGCAGUGUUUAAUAAAAGUCUUUAAGCAUCCAGUUUA